ACAUGGUGCCGGGGCCCCUCCUGCUACCUGCGUGGAGCCGAGCAGUCAAGUGACCGACAGGGCAGCUGCGUCCCGCGGGAGGAGGCAGGAGCCGGCUGGGUGCAAGGAGCGGUCGCUGCUUUCCGGGGGGAGACUGAGCACCGGGCGCCAUGGCGUUGGAGGGCGGCAUGAAAUGCGUCAAGUUCCUGGUUUUCUUCUUCAACUUCUUGUUCUGGCUCUGCGGUGUCGCCCUCAUCGUCAUCGGGAUCUUGGUGCAGAUCGAUCUCAACAAGACACUGAUCAUGAGCAGCGCUUCGGCCUCGGGUGCCCCCAUCGUCAUCAUCGUGGUGGGCGUCGUCAUCUUCUUCGUCUCCUUCUUCGGCUGCUGCGGGGCCUCCAAGGAAAACUACUGCAUGGUCACCACGUUCGCCAUCCUGCUCACCUGUAUCUUCCUGGUGGAGAUCGCAGCUGCCAUCGCCGGGUACAUCUUCAAGGACAAGGUCCGCACUGCGCUCCAGGUCGGCCUGGAGGACGCCGUGAGGAAAUACAGCAACGACUCGCUGAUACGGGACACCAUGGACGAACUGCAGAAGACAUAUUCCUGCUGCGGCGCCCAAAACUACACCGACUGGUUCGACGUCGAACCGUUCGAAAGCAACCACAGCGUCCCCAGAUCCUGCUGCUUGGCCAACGCCACCACGGCCACCUGCAACAUCAAUCCCACCUCUGCCACCAUCAACGUCCGAGGCUGUGCGGACAGCGUCGAGACCUGGCUGAAGAAACACAUCGUGAUCGUGGCGGCCGUGGCGCUGGGCAUCGCCUUCUUCGAGCUCCUGGGCAUCGUCUUCGCCUGCUGCCUCAUGAAGGGCAUCCGGAGCGGCUACGAGGUCAUGUAGCGGCUGGGCCAGGACUCCGGGGGCUCCCCAGGGCGCGUCUCUGCCCCUUUAAGCCGUCAGACCCGCCUUCUUUCCACAGCGCCCCCUGGUGGG